UGUCUGAAUCACCGUCACAUGCGCCGAAGUCAGGCGCCUGCGGACACACGGAAACGCGAACCCCGGCCGAACAUCUCCGACGGCUUAGAAACAACUGCCAGCCCGUCAUAUGGACUGCAAACGUGGAUGUCUUACACCCACUUUAAUUAGAAUCUUAAACCAUGUAGUUCUGCUUCACUUUAAUCCGGGAAAUGCCGAGAGUCAAGCGGUUUGAUGAACUGUAUGGCUGGCAGUGAUUUAUUUUCCGCUUAAUAUGGAAUAUCUGCUACAAGUGAAGCUGGGCGCCCUUGCGGGCUUGUUAUUCUUUACCGUCUUGUUCGGCUCUGUCCCGGCCCGCUUGCGAUGGUUCCGGACCGCAAGCGGAACAGAAAUCCAUGGAGCUGUGCUUAGCUUAAUGAGCUGUUUGGCGGGAGGUGUGUUUUUGGCGACCUGCUUCUUGGACGUCAUCCCAGACUUCUUAUCAGACAUCGGGCAGGAGCUACAGUCCCAGAGGUUAGAGACGGAUUUCCCCCUGCCGGAAUUCAUUAUGGCGUGCGGAUUCUUUCUGGUGCUGAUCCUGGAAAAGAUCGUCCUGCAUUUCACAGGCCACAAAACUGAUGAGCACAGCCCACUACUGCCCCCUGGUGGCCACGGACAUGGCACAGCCGGCCACCUGCAGGGUGCCCCCCCCCACACCCACAUGGACGCACAGGCGCACUCCUCCUUCCGCUCCUUCAUGCUGUUCCUCUCCUUAUCGCUGCACUCUAUCUUUGAGGGUCUGGCCAUUGGCUUGCAGACUUUAGACUCCAAGGUAAUGGAGAUCUGCAUAGCCAUCGUUCUUCACAAAAGCAUCAUCGUCUUCAGCCUCUCACUGAAGCUGGUCCAGAGUGCCGUGAAGCCGCUGUGGGUGUCGGCCUACGUGGGCAUGUUCGCCUUGAUGUCGCCGCUGGGAAUCGUCGUGGGCAUCGCCGUGAUGGAGUCGCACCUCUCUUCAGGGGCUCUGAUCCAGGCCGUCCUUGAGGGUUUGGCAGCUGGAUCCUUCAUCUACAUAACUUUCCUGGAGAUCCUGCCCCAUGAGCUCAACUCUCCCGAGAGACAGCUACCCAAAGUGAUUUUUAUUCUCCUGGGCUUCAGCAUCAUGACUGGACUGGCGUUCCUGGACUGAGAGUGACCUCAAGCGGUACUUUAAUAUGUGGUUGGUGUAACCUGUCUGUUAUUUUAAAGAGAGUCACUAACAUUGGCCUGGCGUCGUUUGCGUCACCCAGGCCCCUUCUCUCUGGUAUUUUUCCCUGUCAUGGGAUUUUCUUGCACAAAAUGUGCAAAAUUGAAUUGUGGUAAUAAUUGUGGUUACAAAACCAUGACAACUAAAGGAAGUUGACCGGACUAAUUAUUAAUUGUUAUAUUCAGAACAAUGGUGUUCUGUAAAUUUUAUUUAUCUGUUAAGUGGUUCUUAUGUAAAAUUAUGCCAGACUAGGUGAUAAGGUGUUUUAUAAAGGUUUUUAGAAAGUUUAACUAUUUGAUACUUAGUUUUUGCGAUUACAUCACACUGACAUUUUUGCCAUUAUCACCCAAAUACCGGUAUGGUCCGGUUAAUAGCCGUUUUUUUCCCUCAAAAUAUGUCUGGGAAAAAACUUUCUCCGCAGUACAUUUCUCACACAUUUAGAGGCACCGCACAGGGAACAGGUGAGGAAGACCACCCCCUCUCCGAACGAGCAGGUGCUUCGCCAAUCCACCGCUGAUGUCAGGAAGACACUCUGCAGAGUCAGCUUGUGGAAGACGGCGAGGUUUGAGCUGGACCAGCUGGACCCCCCGCGGUUUGUCUGUCGCCCAAUUCGAGCCGCAGGUGAUGCCAUAUCCACUGCCCUCCAGCUCAGCCUCUCACAGUUCAGCAUUCAGCACGAUCAUCGUGCAAAGGCCAGUAUUGGAGGUGAACCUGCUGGGUUGAAGCCCCCCCCUCCGUAACUGGAUCCUGGACUUUCUGACUGACAGACCUCAGCCUGUCUCCAUAGGAUGCAGCACUGGAUGUACUGACAAUAAGGAUCUUUUGAGUCUUGAGUCUACUAGACAAUUGGGUUAGUUCAGUGUAAAAUAUACUAGCCAGGAAACAUUUUCACUAUGUAAUUUUCAAGUAUAGAUAGCAACCAAAGGUCAUAACAUUCUCCAAUAAUAAACUACCAUGUAAAAAAUAUUUUUAGUAUAUAAUUUAUUAAUUUCCAUAAUUCCCGCAUUUACUCAGUAACUAAUGAACUUACACUCUUCCUUGAAUGAAUGUAACAUCCUCUUCAUUUUCCUGGUCAUCUGCCCAAACCAAAAGGCCCUUCUCU